ACAUUGUCCCCACUUCACAAGCGCCAUGCAAGUGAAGACAAAAAAGAAAGAAGAAUGAACAAUCUCAAAAAGUUAAAUACUCCUGAUUUUUCUUUUCUCUCGCUCUUUCUCUCUUUCUCUCUCUCUUCUUUUGCCUCUUUCCCACAGGUCGAUAUUUCGUCUCGAUUCAGUCUGCUUCAUCUAUCCUCAUUGUUAACCGAAACCAUCCAUUCCUCACUUGAUUACAUCCUACUACCUCUGGAAAGACUUUUUCCUCGACAGCUUCUGUGACAGACAAACAACAAUUCCCUAACGCACUCUUGGCUCAAGUGGCGUCUGAAUGUGCUUGUAACAGACCCACACGCACAAAAUAAUUGAAAUAAAAAGGAUAAAGCGAGAUAUCAUGACAGAGACAGACAGGACAGACGACGCCUUGCAGAUGGCAGAAAAAGGGAAUAUCGUUCCAGGGGACAGUAAUGUGACAGCAUCAACAGCUGAGGCAGCUGAAGCUAUAACUAACGCUGAGCUGCCUCAUGGGUAUACGGACCAGAGCCGCGUGUUGCCACCCAAGGAGCUGGCGCUAGUGUUCCUUGGCCUGUGUCUGGUGCUGUUCAUGGCAAGUUUGGAUCAGACCAUUGUAUCCGUAUUAAUUCCCACGUUGGGCCGGGUGUUCAAUGCGCCACAAUACAUUGCCUGGGUAGGAACAAGCUACCUCCUCACAAAUACAGCAAUGCAGCCCCUCUACGGAAAACUGAGUGACAUCUUUGGCAGAAAAAGUACAAUGCUCGUGGCUAUUUUUUUCUUCUUGCUAGGAUCCUUGAUUUGUGGCGCUGCUCCAACUAUCGUCGUGCUUGUCGUUGGGCGUGGAAUUGCCGGGUUGGGUGCUGGAGGGAUGAUUAGCUUGACCAUGAUCAUCAUCUCGGACAUUGUCUCUCUUCGUGAGCGUGGCAAGUACCAAGGUAUCAUUGGAUCCAUGUUUGGGAUUUCAGCAGUGAUUGGCCCUUUGCUUGGAGGCGUUCUAGCUGAGAAUUCAUCGUGGCGCUGGGCAUUUUACCUCAAUCUACCGAUUGGGCUUGUUAGCACAGUCGCCUUGGUGUUUAUCCUGAAAUUACCUUCAGUUACAGGCACACGUCGGGAAAAGCUUCGCCGGAUUGAUUUCUUGGGCUCGCUCACGAUUGUCACUGGCAUCAUCUGUGUCCUUCUCGCUACCAACUGGGGAGGUAAUGAGUAUGCAUGGAACAGUGUCCAGGUCAUUGUCCCUUACUGCGUAGGAGCGUUUUUCCUGGCCAUCUUUCUCUUUGUAGAGGCUAAAUUCGCUAUUGAGCCAAUCAUGCCCUUCAGACUGUUCAAGAACCAAAGUGUCUGUGCAGCUUAUGCGACCUCCUUUUUCAUCGGAGGCGCAUUUAUGGGCGCCAUUUUCUUCUGUCCCUUGUACUUUCAGCUGGUCAUGCAUGAGACGGCUACGAAGGCUGGGCUCCAGCUACUACCUUUGGUUGGAGGCAUGAUGAUCGCAGGAAUUGGUAGUGGUGUCCUGAUCAGUAAGACUGGACGUUAUCGUCCUUACAUCUGGGUUGCCCUAGCCAUCUACAUUGCUGGUAUUGCUCUACUUACCCUUUGGAAUGAAAAGUCAGGCUUGAACGUGCAAAUUGGGUUCCUUUUUGUUGUUGGUAUUGGCCUUGGUGGUAGUAUGCAAAGCAUUGUCCUGGCAGCACAAUGUGCGGUUGGCCAGGCUGACAUCGCAACUGUGACCUCUAUGGUCUCAUUCUUCAGGAGUAUGGGUGGAGUGGCGAACGUCGCUAUUGGAGGCUCAAUCAUUAACAAUGUCUUGGCUCAGAAUAAUGUUGACCCCAAUAAUUUUAUGGACGUUCACUCUCACCCUGAUAAAUAUGCUCUUGCAAUCCAAGCGGUAUUCCGACAAUGUAUCGCGUGGCCAACGUUAGCCCUGAUUGCUUCACUUUUUCUAAAGCACCACGUUUUGCGCAAGACCGUGGGAAAUCAACCAAACACCACAGAAGAGCCUAAUGUUUCUUCUACCCCAGUGGUUAUUGUUGAUUCUCCUGUUCAAGAAGGAAAGAAGACGUGAAGGGCCUUUCCUUUCCCCCCUCCUCCUCCCUCCUCCCCCCUAAAAACUCCUGAACGUUCUUUCUUCUAUGAGCGUCCGUCUGGAUGCUCUUAAAGAAUAAGAAUAGGGAACAAGCUAAAUAAGAAAAAAAAAAAAAUACUCAUUUUUAGUUAUAUUAGCAAAC